GUGCUUGAUAAUAGGAUAUUCACGUUCACAUUGCCGAUAUAUUAAAGUAAAAUCUGAAUUGGCAAGUGACUAUCAACAAUAUAAUCAAUCUACUUAAAUGUGUGCAUUUUUUGAUCCCAGACACUGAUAAAGACCAAAUCCAUAAUAAUAUGCUGAGAUCUUAUCGAGACUUUAAACCAACAUCUCUACUAACAGCUCAGUUAGAUAAGUUAACUUCAGACAAAAAUUCUGUUAAAAUACCUAUAUCGAACAAUGAUAAACAACAGUUUAAUAUUCACGUGACCAUUUUAAGUAUGGGAACUGCAAGAAUAAAAAUCUUGGAAAAUAAAAGUACUCGAUAUGAAUUGGCCGACGUUUUAGACAAGGAACCUACAAAGUUAGAUAUAACUAUAGAUAAAUCUGUAAAAGGUUCAGUAACCAUCCAGGCAGUUAAUCUCAGUUCAAGCAAUUCGCAUAAAGUUGUAAUACGAGCAGACCCGUUGAAAAUAGAAUUUUUUAACGAUGACCUUACAUUAGUGUCAGUUAUAAACGGUGAUCAGUUUAUUUUUGAUAAAGAUAGCCAAUCAUUCGCCUUUAACGUAGAAUUUACUGAUGCGAUUAAACUGUAUGGGCUUCACCAUCACACUGUAAAUUUAGAACUACCAGAUACUAAAGCAAACAACAUGGAUCCUUUGAGACUUAGAAAUUCUGAUCUUGCCUACUACGAAGUAGGAUCUCCAAUGGCUAUAGGCAUAAUUACAUCCGGGAUAUUUUUGCAUAAUGCCGCCGAACAGUGGAUAGACGUUUCUUACGAUGCUUCAUCUGCUUCAGUAAGGUUUAUGGUAGAAAGUGCUGCUUUGGAUCUCUUCGUAUUUACUGGUAACACGACCAAAGAUGUCGUAAGACAGUUCGUAGAGAUUACCGGUAGAGCUCACAUGCCACAGUUAUGGACGCUGGGUUAUCAUCAAUGUCGCUGGUCAUAUUACACGCAAGAUGACGCCAAAGAAGUGGUGGCCCAAAUGGACGUUCAUGAUUUUCCCAUGGACGCCCUCUGGCUGGAUAUUGAUUACACUGAUGGAUACAGAUAUUUCACAUGGAACCCGAAGAAUUUUUCCGAUCCAAUAGAAUUUCAGGCAAAUCUUUCUUCUACGAAUAGAAAACUGGUGACAAUAUUGGACCCCCAUAUCAAAAUCGACGAAAACUAUCCUGUGUAUGCGAAUGCGAAGGGAAAGUAUUUUGUUAAAUGGGAGAAUGGAAGCUGUUGGCCUGGUGUAUCCAGUUAUUUGGACUUUUUGAAUCCAGACGCCAGAGAUUAUUAUGCCAGUUGGUACUCUUACAAAAAUUUCAAAAAUAGCACGCCUACCUUAUCGGGAGUAUGGAACGACAUGAAUGAACCAUCAGUAUUUGAUAAAACAACUGAAAAUACUAUGCCGUUUGAAGCUGUCCAUUAUGGAAACGUCAAACAUAGAGAUAUUCAUAAUAUAUACGGUUUCCUACAGACCAAAGCAACUCAUCAAGGACUGAUGCAACGUGACAAUGGCACCAGAAGACCUUUCGUACUGACCAGGUCACAUUUCGCGGGAUCUCAGCGGUACGCGGCCAUGUGGACAGGUGACAACACAGCAGAUUGGCCGUACUUGCGCGUCAGUUACUCAGAAUGCAUGUUGUCUAACCUGGUAGGACUAGUUUUUUGCGGUGCUGACAUUGGGGGAUUUUUCAAUGAUCCAGAAGUUGAAUUGGUCCAGAGGUGGUACCAGGCUGGUAUUUGGUUGCCUUUCUAUAGAGGACAUGCCCAAAUCGAUACAAAGCGCAGAGAGCCUUAUUUGUACAAAGACGACGUUCAAAAUGUCAUAAGAAAUGCUUUGAGAACUCGGUACCAACACGUUCCUGUUUGGUACACUUUGUUUUAUGAACAUACCAGAACCGGAGAUCCGGUUAUAAGACCACUUUUCUACGAUUAUCCCGAAAUUAUGGACAAAGAUAAUCACAUUUUGCUAGGUUCCGAUAUUUUAGCAAGACCCGUCAUGGACAAGGGAGCUAAAAGUAUUGAUAUAACUUUCCCUGGUAAAAAAGAUGUUUACUGGUAUAGAAUCGAUGAUGGUUCAAACACAAUACACCGAGGAAGUGAAACAAAAAACUUUCCUGUUGAUAUUACAACGUCACCAUAUUUCUACAGAGGAGGAAGUAUAAUAGCUAGAAAAGAUACAAUUAGGAGAUCUACAACAGAUACGCUCAACGAUCCAUUUACCCUUCAUGUAAAUUUGGAUUCAGCUAACAAAGCAGUCGGUAGACUUUACGUAGAUGAUUACACCAGUUUCGACUAUCAAAAUAAGAAUCUAUACUGUUAUUUAAGUAUGACUUACCUACAUGAAACUGGUGGUCUUCUAAUUGAUCAAAUUGAUGGUAUUGCUACGAACAUCAGUGUGAACAUCGACCAUGUCGUUAUUAAUAGAAAAAUAUCUACAGGUGAUACAUAUUCUCGAACAGAAAUUAGGACUCUAGCUGAUGGCACGCCACUGUCCGAUUUUAAAAUAGUUCAUCGGCUGCAAGAAGAGAAACAAGUUUUUUUGAAGUUAUAAAUAGAUUUUAUUUUUUAAAUGAUUGAAUGUUUUUUACUAAUAAACUAAUAUCUACUGUUUUA